CCGCUUGUGAAAAGUUCUGCUCAAGUCUUGGCUAUUGAACAGCGAAAAUCGCAGGUCUCUAUCUCAUUCCUAUCAAAAGCUAUUCAAAAAAUGCCCACGGGUCUUGUAUUUUGGGAUGGAUAGUAGUUAAGCUUUAAACUUAAAAAACAUUUUUUCUGCAGGAUUCAAAAAUUAAACAGUAAAAAUACCCGGUUUCAGUCGUUGAUGUUAACAUUAGAAUGGAGUUUACUAAUCCACAUAGAUUCUCUCGCCGUACGAUGGUCGUCGUUUAAGUAUCCUCCCUCAAAUGGGACAUGAAAACGUCUCUAAUUGAGUGUUCGUUCUCACUAAGAUAUUUGCCUAUUCAGGUAGUACAAAUGAUCCAUAUUUUUGAUGUGUGGCGAUAGAAUCUUUCUCUCACGGGGGUUCUAGUUUAUCCUACAUAUCGUCAUAGCAUUUUUUACAUUUAAUGUAAUAACCCAAAUUCCUCGAAUCGCAUCUCAAUCGUUGUCCGAAAUGGAUCUCACCACCAAACCUGGUGAUGAUUAUGCGAGUAUCGUCACUUACCUAACAGAAACGACAAUACUUUCUCGAACAGACCGUAAAAGUUCGUUGAACGGGAUCCAGUAUGAAUUCGGGAGGCAAUGCACCUGAAGGUUCUAAAUGAUUUGAAUGAACAAGCUAGCGGCGUAGUUCUCGUUUGUGAUUUCAACAACAAUUUCAUUCUCUCAAGUUUAUCCACCUUUCGAAUUUUUGACAAAAUAUUAGACAGACAGUGCCUCUCCGUCGUAAAUGACGUACAAUAUCGGCAUAUUCGUGCCAUUUAUCAGUUUUAUCAUAUCCUUUUAACUCUAUGGAUUAAAGUUGUAGCUAGAUUUUUAAUAAUGUGUCCAGGGUGACCUGAGCUGGCACGAACAUAUUGAAAAAUAUCUGUUGGCUUUUUGUAUACUUUUAUGAUAAGUCGGUUUUGUAAAAGAUCCUUUUCGGUUAGUACAUCUAAAUAAUUUAUUUUGUUCGUACUGGUAUUUUCUAUUUUCUAAUUCAUGUUAAUUGAAUUAAGCGAACCAAGGAAACUCUCCAACAUUUUCCUGUCUCCAUACCAUACGAUGAAAAUGUCAUCGAGAUAUCGGAAAAAUCGAUAUAAAAAACAAUCACAUUUAUCGAAGAAUUUCAAUUCAUUUAGCAAAACAAAAAGAUUUGCAUAAGGUGGGGCGCAUGGCGUUCCCACUGCUGUGCCAGAUAUUUGCGAGUAAAAUUUUCUAUCAAAGUGAAAAGCAUUAUUUCCCAAUACUAACUUGAGGAGCAGGAGCAGACCCUGAUGAGGGAAGGGUAUAUAUCAGCCGCGCUUUUAUUUUCGAAUACAAAGCAGAGUUGUAACCGGUCCAGAAUUUUCAAACUGGUACGGUCCGGCCGAUCGAAAAAAUUUUUCAGAUCGGUAAAAACCGGCAACAGCUGACCGAUAUGUUAGGUCAUUUACUGUCGGUUAGAACGAGAGGCUUCAAAAAAUAUCCAUUUUUAUAUUCUUUAAUCACGCUUUGAUUAAUACUGGAGAACAAAUGUGAUGCUACAGUCGCGCAUAUCUGUAAGUUUUCCCAAAGAUUAAUAUACGAUAUUUCUCUCGUGAGUAAAAACGGCCAUCUACCUGCCGCUCGAUUGGUAAUCUGCAAAUCUUAAAUUCUUUCACUUAGACUUUACAUAAAAUGCUAUAAUAAUAUUACUAUAAUAUUUCUGUUUGAAGGACGGUCCCGCCUUAACUCUGCUGUCUAACAAAACAUUAAUAAGAUAAACUGAGAAGUUUUUCUCAAGUAACACUGUUCUCAUUAAGCUUUUCAGGGAAUUAAAAAAAGGUUCAAUUAAGAAAAUGAAAAAAGUUUGACAAAUUGAAGAAAACAAGAUUGAUAUUUUUUGUAACAAUACGAUUAUCUUUGAUAAAAGAACUUAAACUUGCUCUCCACAUAUUUUAUUAAAAAUAUUGUAUAUCUAGAAAAUUGUAAGACUCAUUGACUUAAUUCUAUGGGGGAGUUUUAAGACUAAAAAAUUUCUUUAGACGAAUAAAAACCGGCCGGUGCAAUCAUUUCCACCGGUCGAAUCCGGCCGGACUGGAUCGGUUACAACUCUGAUUCACAGCGAUGUUGACAGCUCUGUAUCUCAGGAAAACAUCAAAAUAAAAUGUAGAAAUGAUGAUAUUCUACGCACACCAUUAUUCAAUGCAACACCACGAGCGUUAGCCACAUUAGAUGUUACCACAUUUUUAAAAUAUAUUCCAAAUUCUGGUUCUUCAUUUCCUCGACAAUUAUUAAACAACAAUGAUGAUUUAAAUACAAUCGACGAUAAUACUGCACAACGUAUCAAUUACAGAACAUGUAAAAUUUACGAAUUAAUUUAUUCUGAAGUAAAUGGGUUUUGUACUAUGCCAUUCUCAUUUACCGAAUCAUUGAUGAUACCUACAUUAACUGGUUCAAAACUGGCAUCAACAACAUUAAGUCAAACACAAUCGAGUGGAAAUUACAACACCAUAAAUCGAUGGUAUAAAAAAUACGGGAAAAUCGAAAAUGAAGUACCAGAUGGGGAUAUAGAGUCAUCAUUUGAUAACAACCAGACUAUUUCCAAAAUCUAUAAUAUAGUAAAUGAAAAAUCAUCUCUUUUAAGUAUAUGUACAACUGUUAUCCAUACUAUUGUUAAACCAACAGUCGAUUUACAAGCAAAAACUUUCACACUGAAUCAAUGGUGUAACGAAGCUAAAAUAGUCAAUGUCUGUAACGACAUGAUCGUCGACAAUAAUUCAGUUGAAAUAAGCAAACAAUCAAUCAUGUCAGAAUUAUUAAAGCGUACUCCAGUUUUGAAAAAAUAUUUACAAAAGUUUAUUGAAUCUUUAAUACCAAUAGUGGAACAACAGUUAGCCGUAAAUAAUAAAUCGAAUUUAAAACGAAUUCAAGGAAUUAUAUUGACGGAUGAUAACGAAACACUUGAUAAUUUUAUCGAUAGUCAAGAUUCGGAUUCGAAUAAUGAUUAUGAUUAUGUUGCUAGUGAAUCGGAUGACAUAUCUACUGAUGAACAUGUUUCAGAAGAAUCUGAUUUAUCAAAUUCCGACAUUGACCGCCGACUUAAGUAUACAGCAAAGAUACGUAAAAAUGCUAUUAACAAUUUGAAUUUAAAUAAACAAAAUAAUCAGACAGGAAAAAAACACAAUUUAUGCAGUGAAAUAGAAAACUGGCGUGUUCAGGUAAGAAAAAAUGGUGUUUUUAAACAAAAAGAACUAUGUGGUUUGGAUGGUACAGUAUUAAACAAGCGUUAUCAACAAUUCCUGACUCAAUCACUGUCAAAUCAAUCAAUAUACUUAAAACGUUAUUCAGAAGAACAUUUUCAUUUAUCAAAUAAGACAUGUGCGGGGCUAGAAUAUAUGAGUAACAGUGAUGAUGAGUAA